AUGACCGCUCACAACGUUGCUCUUCACCUUUUGGUCGUUUUCGUUUUCGCAGUGGUAAGUUCAGUUUCUACUCAUCAUUUUAAGCACACCAACGUGGUUUUUUUUCCAGUUCCUGAUAGUAUUAUAUUGGGUUUGCCGGAAAGCGGAUUCGCAAAUAAUUUCUCGAUUUUCUUCGCGAAGAUCCAGUCAAACGUCGUUGGCCUCGAAAAAAUCCAACGCUUCGGUGAGAACAAGGCUUUUUUCAUCUUCUACUCCACUCUACGAAUAAAACAUGUCAUUUUGCAGAUAAAUCCCCGCCAAUGCGCCAUAAAUCUUGUCACAAAUGCGAAUCCGGACGUUUUGGAUCCUAAAAAUGCUCCGCCCGCCUAUGUCUAA